UGUAAACUCUACAAAAAGUCAAGAACAAAGCGGUGAAGGCUCUGAAGGGAGACCCCAGCCCUGGUUCGCUCCUUAAAGUCUCAUGACCCUCGUUUCCCCUCACGAAUACACCAGCUGUCCUCCUGAUCCUCACCACCCCACAGAGUUUCGUAUAUAACAGCAGAGGAAGUCUCUGAAAGUAGGCUACAAAGCGUCAGUCUUCUGCAACGCCCGCGUUGAAAGGGAGGUGGGACGUCUCUGCAUCACCAGGUGGAGCUCGGCGGAGCCACUUCCUGUUACCAGACUCAGCCUGGAGCUUCAAAGAAGAGGUGGUAACUACCACACAGCUGUGUGUAUAGAGGUCUUUAGGCAACACGGUGUGCUCGAAUACCAAAACCUCUGAUCUCUCGGACUUGACCUAUUUUGUGGUUCCAAUUACUGAGGGAACUCCAAAGGCCAGUGAACAUUUAGCUGGUACUCAGAUCACCUGAGGAAGUAUGGGGCUUCAGAAGAUUGGUGCUUUGGUGCUACUGAUUCUGAUCAUCUCUCCUUCAGAGGCAUAUGGAAUGUACGAUCCCGGAUUCUGCUACGUCCUGGACGUGUUCCUGUUGAUCUACGGCAUUGUGAUCACCAUACUCUUUCUGAGGGAGAAAUGCUGCAAGCCUAAAGAAAAGGUACAGAAGGACUCGACCUACGCUACUUUGAGAGGUGAUCAGUCCACGUAUGCCGGUCUGAAAGAUCCUGAGACAGGACGCCCUCGUGGAGCUCGCAGGCAGAUGGAUGAUGACACAUAUACGCCUCUGAAGGAUAAAACCGAGGACACGUACAAAUCGAUCCAAGUGAAGAAAGAUCGCCGACCCAAUGAUCAGGUUUAUCAGGGUCUGAGUAAGGCAACCAAGGACACCUACGACACCUUGCACAUGCAGCCUCUGCCUCCUCGCCGCUAAAACGACGGCAUGAUCGUCAUUAAUAAUCAGAAUCCACGUAACUUUAUGACUUUAUUCAGCUCUUCAGUACAGCCCCUAUUGGCUUUUCUUUAUCUUGGUAACAUUUUCUCAAGUGUGUAAGUGUGUGUGUGUGUGUGUGUGUGUCUGACACUGGUCACAGUUUGAACAAUUCAUUAUUAUAACAUCAGCAAUGUGACAACUCUUUAAUUUUCCUAAUUUGAGGUUUCUUCAUUUAGUUUCGUUUGAUGUCUCCCCCCUCCCUCCCUUUGAAGUCAUCAAGACUUGUAAAUUACAGUUUAUCAGUGAUUAUUGGGGGAUGGGGGUGGGGUGUCAGAGUGAUAAAGGUUUCCGAGCUCAUAGUAUUUGGAGAUUCGGCAGUGAUUUUGUUCCAUUUCCACUAAACGAUGCAAACAAUCCAAAAGUGUAUAUAAGAACAGAUACAUUACAGUGACGUGUCCUAGCUUUCAUUCUCGCUCGUAUGUCCGUGUUACAGUUCAGAUCUGUGUCGAAACAUGUACAAAUGCCUGGAAGUGUCCAAUGCUAGAACUUUCAAUGUUGCUGCAUUUUUCAAGAGUAAAAGACUGGCAGAGAAGCUGCAAGUUAAAAACGCAUGUUUAAAUAUAGAUAUAUAAUCCUCCGUUUAUCGCGGUGGUUACGUUACAAAAUCGCCCAGAUUGACGAAAAAACUCGAUAAACGGACGCCAAUCCCAAAAAUGCUAUUUCAUGUAUACAGUACUGUACUGUAUAACAUUCUACUUCAUUUUAGAAUUAAUAAUAUUUUGUGAAUAAAUUUCAAUAUUCCAACAUAAAAACAAUUCCUAUAAGGUUUUUGGUCUAUCGUGCACUAGAGAGACUGGGAAAAUCUGCUAAACAUUAUGUCGCAAAUGCAAUUCCGUGAUAAACCUGGCGAUAAAACGGGGGAUUACUGUAAAUUUUUUUAUAUAUAAAUAAGCACAUUUUAUAUAUAUUAAUGUAUAUAUAUGAAAAAAAUACAUACACAUAUAUAAAAUAUGUUCACAUUUAACAUGAAUUAUUUUUUUUUACCUGCUACAGAAAAUUUAACUGUUAAUAGAUCUUUUUUAUCUUCCAAAAUGCAAUAAACGAAAUUAGAGCAGGACAUUUGAAUAUUCUGACUCGUGCACAAACGGACAAUAUAGAUUACAUUUUGAAUAAUAAUAAUUAAAAAAAAAUACAGCAUGAUCAUCACCACAGAUGCAAACUUUUUUUUUUUACUUAAAUGUACAUGAAAGCAAACUAGAGUAUACCGGAUACGGGUUUCUUGCUAAUGCCCCUAACCAGCGAUUUGUUAAUGAACCUGUUGAUUUCACGCGGCUCUGAGUAACACGUCGAAGUGACGUGUUUCAUGUGCUGUAUAUUCUUUUCCAUAUUGUGCAAAAGCAACAAGAACGGGAGACAAGAGAAAAGGAAAAAAGAAAACAUUUCCAUUCACCCGAAGCAGUCAACUUCUGUAGAUUCCAGAUUUCUUUGUGAUACUGAGAAUGUUUUAUUUUAUGUUUUUUUUUAUUUGUUUCUUGAUAUAAACAUAUAAAAAUGA